CUCCAGCCUUGCAUUUCAUCACCAGAGCAUUCAACUGUUCACACCCGCAUACAACAACCACACCUCAGCCUCGCCAACAUUGAAACUCUACGCAACUUCUACCAGUAUCAAUCUAGACACCGCGAGAACGCAGAACGAGCUCGUCACUUACACCGGGCGCCACCAUGAACCCCGACAGACAGGCCAUGAUUGCCGGCUUGGGCAAAGAUCGAGACCGAGACAACAGACGAAACAUCACUGCCCCCAGACUCGACAACAACAACCGAAUCUCCAAGCCCCAAUACAAGCCCUCCUCGAAACCCAUCACAGGUUCAAAUAGUACCCCAGUCGGCAGCUCUGGCCCCGGAAAAUACCUUACCCAGGACGAGCAGUCAGAGCAAUUCGUCGCCGACGAAGACAAGUUCGUGCUCAAGCAAGCAAAGAAGAAGGCCGACAUCCGCGUCAGAGAACGGCGCGCAAAGCCCAUCGACUACCUUGCCUUCAACCUCCGCUUCAUCGACACCGACCGCGAUGUCUUUGAUGACCACGAUGACGACGUCGACAUCCCCGUGCCCUCUCCCGAGAGAGUCCUCCAGAGCCUGAACGAGUCCCAGCUGAAGGAGUUGGAGGAGGACAUCAAGUCAUACAAUACCCUCGAGAUAAACCGCCGCAACAAGGAGUACUGGUCAGCCCUGUCCAUUCUGUGUGACGACAAGCGAAACAAGCUUAAACCACAGGGAGCAGAGGGACGUGCGGUCAACACGGUGGCUGCUGAUGUCGACAAGAUUCUGGCCCCGAAGACGUUGGAGCAGUUGGAGGCGUUGGAGAAGCAGAUCAGGGCCAAGCUACAAUCCAACGAGCCCAUCGAUACCGACUACUGGGAAUCCCUACUCAAGAGUCUGCUGGUAUACAAGGCAAAGGCAAAGCUGAAGCAGGUGUGCUUGGAGAUCAAGGCCGCCCGCGUCGAGCUUCUCAAGGCUAAGGACCCUGAGAGAGCCAAAGCGUUGGAACAAGCCGACGGUCUCCCUGAUGCGGCCCUCCCGACCUCAGGCCCGUCCAGGGCCUUGAACCGCCCUGCCGCCUCAACAUCAACAGCACUCGCUGCAUCCUCCAGCAGCAGCACCGCCCCGCCCCCCGGUACCGCUCGCUUCGCCUCCACCGGCAACGAAGACUUCUCCCAAGCCACCAAGGCCCUCUACGACCGGGAAGUCGCCCGCGGCUUCCUCGAAGGCGAAGAGAUCUUCACGGCCGAAGAAUCCCUGACCUCCAACCCCAAGCCCGUGUGGGCCGACAAGUACCGCCCCCGCAAGCCGCGCUACUUCAACCGCGUCCUGAUGGGCUAUGAAUGGAACAAGUACAACCAGACGCACUACGACCACGACAACCCGCCGCCGAAGGUCGUGCAGGGAUACAAGUUCAACAUCUUCUAUCCCGACCUGAUUGACAAGACAAAGGCGCCCACGUUCAAGAUCAUCAGGGAGGGUGGGAGACGCAGGGGAGAGAGCUUUGCGCCCGCCGGCAAGGAGGAUACCUGCUUGAUUAGGUUCGUGGCCGGACCGCCGUAUGAGGAUAUUGCGUUUAGGAUUGUGGAUAGGGAGUGGGAUUAUAGCGCCAAGAAGGAGAGGGGGUUCAAGAGUAGUUUUGACAAGGUGAGUCGUCCUAGGUUGUGGUUGUGCUGGGUGACGUUGCUGUUUAGCCGGUGGGCUGUUGGUGACGGCGCUGGUUACGAUGGCUACGUUGGCCUAUUACCACGGCCCCUAUAACAGGCCAACGCUAUCCUUUUUUCUUGCGCCGCAAAAGCCACGCCACCCAACACCCGCCGGUUACCCGCGCGUUUCUGGCCUUAUGGUUCUUUUGCUAACUCGUUACUUCGUGUGUAGGGCAUACUUCAACUCCACUUUCAGUUCAAAAAGAUUUACUACAGAAAGUAGAAAGCCCAGGGCGAUAUUACCACCGCCUUCUGGAAGGCUGGUCCGGCCUGCGGCGAAGCCAUCGGCUGGUCUUUUUGUCUGGUUUUUUCGGUGCCGCGUUCUAUAGGUCGAUAUGGGGCCGUAGUAGCUGCUGCGGCCCGUCUGGCU